AUGAGACUUGAAAGAGUUUGGAAACUUCUUCCGUGCCUUGUGUUUUUACUUCCUCACGCAAUGCACGCUCAAGCAGUUCUCCCUCCAGAGUGUGCGCCGGGCGGCCACUCAGUCCUCGACAACCCCUACCGAAGCACCACCUUCAGCUCCAGCUGGCUGCAGCAGUCGUCCCUGCAGGACUUCAUCUGUGAUCACUCCCUCGCUCCGGGCUGGUACCAGUUUCAGAUUUUUGACAAGCCGGCCAGCAUGCCCACCCAGUGUGUGGAGGUGAACCACUGUGGCACCCAGGCCCCAGUGUGGCUGUCUCUGGGUGAGGGUGAGUCCCUGCCGGGUCCGCUGGAGGUCAGGCAGCUGACGGCCUGCGCUGCGUGGCAGUUCUUCACGAGCAGCAGCAAAGACUGCUGUCUGUUCCGCAUCCCGGUCACCGUCCGCAACUGUGGAGAUUUCUACGUUUACCUGCUCCAGCCCACGCAGGGAUGCAUGGGAUACUGUGCUCAGGAGAUGUCGGACACUUUACCCACAACGUCGCUGACCUGCGGCCCUGACGAAGUGAACGUCGAAGGAACAUGUAAAACCAAGCAACCUCCGACUCCAUCUACACCAGCCAUUGUCUCAGAGGUGAAGGGGAACUCCGUCUACUUGAAGUGCAGCUUCGAGAGCAGCUCCAACAGCUCCCUGGGCUUCGUGGUGGCCUGGUCCCGCCUCUCACCUCAGGGCAGCAAGGAGGAGCUCAAACAGGAGACCACCAUCCAGACCUCCGCCUUCAUCGAGCUGGACGGCUUUAACCUCCGGCUGGGAGACAAGAUUUACUGCUCCAGCUCCAGUUUCUUCUUGGACUCGCUGGACGUCCGCAGUCCUUCAGUGGAAAGUCAGGAGUUCUUCGCUGGGAUUAGGCUAACACCAGAGGCGAGCAGUGUCUCUGAGGAUGGGAAGCUGUAUGAGUUGCUGGUUGAGAGCACAGUUCCUCUUCCAUGUCUGGAGGAGUCUUCCUCCUCUACAGAACAGUGCACUGUGUCCCUGCAGCUCAGCACAAGCAGCCAAGGUGAGGAUGUUUUGUCAGGUGCAGAUGUGACUCUGUCCUCCUGUGUGGUGCAUCUGUCCCGAGGUCCCUGCAGAGACGGCGUUUGUGGCCGGGCUCUGAUCCACUUCAGCCCCGUCACUGACUUUGUCAAAGAUGGCAACAGGACGACUCAGAUCUCUGUCAAAUCCAUCGUCACACAAAAUUUUCUCUGGAAUGGAUAUUCACCAGAACCAGUUCAGAUAAAGGUGACAGAUGUCCCCUCAGCCUACUGCUACUCCUUCACUGAUCCUCACAUUAUCACAUUUGACGGCAGGCGCUACGAAAACUACCAAAUAGGAACCUUUGUCCUCUAUAAGAGCAGCCUCUGGCCAUUUGAAGUCCACGUCCGUCAGUGGGAGUGCGGCAGUUUGCUGCACGCCGCCUCGUGUGUGUGUGGCUUUGUAGCCAGGGAUGGCGGCGACGUAAUUGCUUUUGACAUGUGCAACGGGGAAAUGGGUGAAACCAAGCCACACCUGUCUGUGAAGAACAGAGACUUGAGCAAGAGUGGCAUUCGCAUCACCGAGUCCUAUCAGGGACGCAAAGUCACUAUGACCUUCUCAUCCGGAGCAUUUGUUCGUGCCGAUGUGUCCGACUGGGGAAUGAGUCUGACGCUGAGAGCUCCCAGUUCAGACCGGAGCCACACUGAGGGUCUGUGCGGGACCUACGACGGACAGUCAGACAACGACUUCCACGCAGCAGGGGGCGCCACACUGGAGGAUCUGCACGCUUUUAUUUCUGAAUGGAGGCUCUCUCCAGGGACCAGCCUGUUUGACACUGUGCCUUCCUCUCUGAGUACACUGAACCCCCGCAAGUUCUGUAACUGUCAAGCAGAGCCCCGCCUCACAUCUCCACAAAGUCGCGCUCAAGCAGCCACCUCCUCCGACUCCUCCUGCUCUCAGCAUGGCAACGUGCACCUCCCCAGCAUCAUCCCCACUCUGGACGUCACAGCAGAGUACAUCGGCUCAGUAGAGCUACUCAGAAGUGAGGGGAAUGAAAGACAGUCGCUGCCUCCGGGCCUCUUCAGACAACACACCCGGGAUGCUCAGCCACAUAAAAGAGGCUUCAAGAGGUCCUCGAGGGCCUCCAGGGAUGAAGGUUCAGUCCCAACCCAGCAGCAGCAGCAGCAGCAGCAGCAGCACAGAGGCAGGAGGCAGUCCCACCGUUACAUUUCUAACUCCCCGCAUCAAAGCCUCAGCCAGUCUGACUUGGAGGGCUUCACGUACUUCUUCCCAGAGGACCAUGAACCAGCAGUACAUUUAGACUUCUCCCCAACGUGGCCGACACCUUCUGGCCUGAGCGAGCAGCAGGUCAGAGCUCAGUGCCAUCAGGCUGUAGCCAACUCGAGCAUAGCGUUAGGUUGCAGGCGUCUUCUAGAAGAGACAAUAGUUAGUCGAGCGGUGGCUAUGUGUGUUACUGACUUACAGCUGAAGGAUGAUCAGUCGUGGCUGAACGCAACGUUACCGCUGCUGGAGAACGAGUGUGAGAUGAGGCUGGUGGAGGAGAGGAGGAGAGAGGAAGAGUACCAGGAUGUUCUGGCCAUCCUCAAAUGUCCUAAUCUGUGCAACGGGAAUGGACAGUGCUCGGAGUGGGGUUGUGUCUGCUUCCCAGGAUUUGGGUCUUCUGACUGCAGUGUGCUGUCUGACCAGAUCCCAGAGAUCACUGAGUUGGAGAAGGAGGGUCUAUGUGACGUCCGACAGGGAGAUUGCUCCACCAUCCAAGUCUAUGGUCAAGGUUUUAAGGACUCCUACGAGCUCAAGUGUGAAUUUGUUAAAGAAAAGUUUGUGGAUGGGGAAUGGGCUCUGGAUGAGCCCCAGUUUGUUCUGGCCACCUUUCUGGAUGUGACGGCUCUGGAGUGCCAGCUGCCUCUGGAGAGCAGUCAGACUCCCGCAGAUGUGGACCUGGAAACAGUCACAAACAGACCACUGGCCCGCUGGCAGAUCAAAGUUUCCAAUGAUGGCUACAGCUACAGUAACGCCAAGAUACUGACUCUGUAUGAUGGAGCCUGCCAGAUCUGCAGCCUCAACACUGAAGUCCUCUGCACCCUGAGGGAGAAAACCUGCAACAUUGACGGCCUGUGUUACAGUGAGGGGGAGUCCAAUCCCAGCAUCCCUUGCCUCACAUGCCGCCCUGACUCCUCCAGACACACAUGGUCCAUAGCAGAGAAGAACGAGCCUCCGGUGGUGCAGUCGUUGCCGUUUCAUCUCCGAUCCUUUCAGGAAGAGAUCUUCAUCUACCAGCUACAAGCCUGGGACCCCGAGGGCUCGGCGGUGCUCUUCACUCUGGUAUCAGGUCCUGAAGGUGCGUCUCUGUCUCCGGCCGGUCUUCUGAUCUGGAAGGCCACAGCCGAAGCCGCUGACACGCACACUUUCCAGUUUACUGUGAUGGACGACUGUAACGCUGAGACUAGAGCUUCUGUGCAGGUGUCUGUGUAUUCCUGUGAUUGUCUGAAUGGAGCUUCUUGUGUAACCAACACCAACCGCCCUGCUGGCAGCGGAGAAUACAUCUGUGUGUGUCUGGAUGGAUUUAAAGGCGAAAGGUGUGAAGCGGACAUCGACGACUGUAAACCCAACCCUUGCAGACUGGGCCGCUGUAUCGACGGCCCCAACUCCUUCUCCUGUAUCUGCCCACCAGGAAUGACAGGCCACACGUGUCGAGAAGAUAUCGAUGAGUGCGUCUCCCAGCCUUGUUUCCCUGCCGUCGGCUGUAACAACACGCUGGGCUCUUUCAUCUGUGGAGUCUGUCCACAAGGAUACAGCGGUGAUGGGAAGAACUGCAUUCGUAAGACCCCUCUCUCACAUUCCAUCUUAAAAAUGGAAGUGCCGCAGGUGCCAUUGAGACCCAAACCCCCCGGUGGCUCGUCUCUGUGCAGCAGACAGCCAUGUCACCCGGGGGUUCAGUGUUUUGAGAGCACACACGUGUCCACGGGCUUCGUCUGUGGGCCUUGUCCUCCCGGUCUCCAUGGAAACGGGUGGAUUUGCACAGCAGCAGGUGAGAGUGAAGCAUGUUUUACAGGUCAGGGGACAGUCGGCUAUGGAGCAGACGGCAAUAUUCAUAUCAACAAAUUAGAUUCCAGCAAGGAAACGAUUCCUACUUCCUCUUCCUCCUCUUCAUCGCCGUCUCCCAGCUCACCCAGACGCCCCCCUGACAGGAGGACAAAACCAGAAGCCGACACCAGGAGAGUUUAUUCCACUGUGAAGAAGACCCCCCAGAAUCGAACCGCAACCGGAGUCUUCCCCCCGACCUUCCACCGAGGUCAGCCCACUGGGGUUGAGCAGACCCCCGGCCUCACCCCCGGGGUCAACUGGGGGUUACCGUCCCACCAAGUGACCUGUGCUGACUCUCCCUGCUUCCCCGGUGUCCCCUGUGAGCCCACCGUCAGCGGAUCCUUCAGGUGUGGACGCUGCCCGUACGGUUACACUGGAGAUGGAGUCACAUGUAAAGCUGUGUGCAGGUAUCAGUGUGGGAGGAACAUGGAGUGCUCUCUGCCCAACACCUGCACCUGUAAGGAAGGCUACACCGGGUACAAUUGUCACAUAGCCGUGUGUCGACCUGACUGCAAGAACCAGGGAAAAUGUGUGAAACCUAAUGUGUGUGAAUGUCCUGCCGGCUACGGUGGGCCCACCUGUGAGGAAGCGAGCUGCAAGCCUCCCUGUCAGCAUGGAGGAACCUGUCUGGCCAGAAACCUGUGUACCUGCCCCUAUGGCUACGUGGGACCCAGAUGUGAAAUCAUGGUGUGUAACAGGCACUGUGAAAAUGGAGGUGAGUGUGUUUCUCCUGAUGUCUGCAAAUGCAAACCUGGCUGGUACGGACCGACAUGUAACUCAGCUGUCUGUACCCCUGUCUGUCUGAAUGGAGGAACGUGCAUAAAGCCAGACAUCUGUGCUUGUCCCAGUGGCUUCUAUGGCUCUCAGUGUCAAAUCGCUGUUUGCAGUCCUCCUUGUAAGAAUGGAGGUCAGUGCAUGAGAAACAAUGUGUGUUCCUGCCCUGAAGGCUACACAGGAAAGAGAUGUCAAAAGAGUGUGUGUGAGCCGAUGUGCAUGAACAAAGGCAAGUGUGUGGGACCCAACACGUGCUCCUGUGCGUCAGGAUGGAGAGGGAAGAGGUGUAACAUACCCGUCUGUCUUCAAAAGUGUAAAAAUGGCGGCGAGUGUUUGGGACCGAACACCUGUCACUGUCCCAUCGGGUGGGAAGGUCUCCAGUGUCAAACGCCGGUCUGUAAACAGCGAUGUCUGAAUGGAGGAAGAUGUGUGCUUCCUGACUACUGCCACUGUCGGAGAGGCUACAAAGGCCUCACCUGCGCAAUAAAGGCAUCACAAGUGGGAUGAAAAAAGAAAUGGAAAGUGGGAUGAAAGAGACUACAAAAUGCACAAAGCAAGACGAGAGCACCAUAAAUUGUCGUGCGUAUGACUGUGUGUGUAUGUAUGUGUGUGUGUAUGUUAGUGGAUAAUGGAUAUUGGCAUGUGCUUGAAUGUGUGGCUCUGUGCACGCUUGAAUGCUAACGGAGGGACUUGAUGUAUUGCACUUGUCUUUUUGUCCCUGUAUAUCACUACCUCAAGGCUCAAGGUAACACAUCUGUUAAAUGCAUCAGCAGUGCUUACGGACGUGUUACUGCACAGUAUUAUGUAUAAGAAGUAAAUGAAGAAUUGGUUCAAUGAAAUUCCUAAGCUGUAGGUUAUCACCAGCACGCUGUUUUUUUGUUUUAUUUUCAAUUUAGCCAAAGUAUAGCUUAUAUCAAACUGAUGUGCACUGUUUGUUUAUUACUUAUGAGGAAAAUACAAAUGAGUCUGCUUAAUUAAUUAUGCCUAACUUAGAUGGUACACAUUAGUAACUUGUUUAAGACGGAAGAUGUUGCGAUUUACAAUUUAUUUUUCUUAAUUGCUUUCAUUAAUAUAUUGUUUGAUCAGGCCCGUUUUUAGUUUCUUUUUUUUUUUACUGUCAUCCAUUUGCAGUAAUGCCAAACAUGUAUCAAAGUAAUAUCCUCUUCUGUUUCCUUUAAAAAAAAAAAAAAAAAAGCUCUGUCAACACAAGA